AUGGUGAAAGCUGUUGUGCUCGGUGCCGCUGGAGGCAUCGGCCAGCCGUUGUCUCUGCUGUGCAAGAUGUCUCCCCUCAUCGACACUCUGUCGCUGUUCGAUGUGGUCAAUACUCCAGGUGUCGCGGCCGACCUGUCUCAUAUUGCCACGAAAGCGCACGUCGAAGGUUUCGUCGCAGCAAAGGGUGACUUCAAGGGAGAGCAGCAAGAGACCGAAGAUGCAAAGAAGGCAGCCUUGACUGGCGCAGACAUUGUCAUCAUUCCAGCCGGUGUUCCACGCAAGCCUGGUAUGACCCGAGAUGACCUGUUCAAGAUCAAUGCCGGCAUCGUCAAGGACCUCAUUGUCGCCUGCACCAAAUACUGCCCCAAGGCCUUCAUCUGUGUCAUCUCCAACCCUGUCAACUCGACCGUUCCCAUCGCCGCCGAGGUCUUGAAAGAGGCUGGCGUCUUCGACCCCAAGAGACUCUUCGGUGUUACCACCCUUGACGUCGUCCGCGCCGAGAACUUUGUCGCUGAGCUCCUCGGCCAGAAAGAUUCGAGCAAGUUCAACAUUCCCGUCGUCGGUGGCCACUCUGGAAACACCAUUGUGCCCCUGUUCAGCCAGACCCAACCCUCGGUCAACAUCCCAUCCGACAAGCUUGAUGCCCUGGUCCAUCGUGUGCAGUUUGGUGGUGACGAAGUCGUCAAGGCCAAGGACGGUGCUGGUUCCGCCACUCUGUCCAUGGCUUAUGCCGGUUUCCGAUUCGCCGAGGCUCUCCUGAAGGCUGCCAAGGGUGAGAAGGGCAUUGUCGAGCCAACCUUCGUCUACCUGCCAGGUGUUGAAGGUGGUGACGCGAUCGCCAAGGCCACUGGAUGCGAUUUCUUUGCUGUUCCCGUUGAACUCGGUCCGAAUGGAGCUGAGAAGGCCAUCGACAUUGUCUCCAAGGCCAACGAUUACGAGAAGAAGUUGUUGGAUGAGGCCGUCAAGGCUCUCAAGGGCAACAUCGAAGCUGGUGUCAACUUUGUCAAGAACCCUGCCAAGUAG